ACGAACUUCCAGCCAAAGCUGAUGAUGCUCAGUUAUCCAGUGAUUAUUCAAGCAUUAGAACGCUCCUUUAUCUCUCAACACAUCCUCCCAUUUUUGUUAGAUUUUUGAAUUUUUGUGACUAAAAAUUAAAAAUUGGAUUUCGAAAAUCAAAAUUUAAAAGAAAGGAAGUUGUUCUCCAGGAGAACGCUAAGUGCAAUAUCCUUCCGGCGUCCAUGCAGGAGCAAGUCACGUGACCUGUCAUUAAUUACGGGACUGCCGGAAGGAUGAGCCAGGACACAAAAUGUGGCCUUUGUGGAAUUUUUCCCAAAUGGCUGCAAAAUCGAGCAACAUCAAAAUCUUUUAUUGUGGUCUAUGGUCUCCUCGGAACCGUCCAGAGCAUGGCUUUUAUUUACGUCAUGGUCACCUUAACGACUCUUGAGAAAAGGUUUAAAAUUCCAAGUCGAACAACAGGAAUCAUUCUUUCAGGGAAUGAGAUAUCACAAAUUUUAUCACUAGUUUUAACAUACUAUGGAGGAUCUGGUCAUCGACCUAGAUGGAUUGCUGUUGGCGUUGCUCUAAGUGCAUUAUCCUGUAUAGUCCUCUCGCUUCCACAUUUUAUCUAUGGUCCUGGAAAGGAUGCUUUAGCCUUGACGCAAGAAUACCUCGAUCAAAAUUUACUGAAUGCAACAGUGACAGAAGACCUUCCAACUUGUUCCGAAAGAAAAUAUACUCCUCGUUGUGAUGAAGAAUCCUUGCAGGAUAUCAGCUUCCUUCCAAGGCUGCUUGUCUUUUUAUCACAAUUUAUUUUAGGAAUUGGUACGACUCUUUACUAUGGGCUUGGUCAACCAUAUUUGGAUGAUAAUACUAAGAAAAAGAACACACCAAUGUUACUGGGUCUGACGUUUUUUCUAAGAACUUUGGGACCAGUAGUAGGAUUCGUAUUAGGAUAUGCCUGUUUAAGUUUAUACAUCGAUCCUACUUUGCAUCCUGUUAUUCGUAAAGAUGAUCCCCGAUGGUUGGGAGCAUGGUGGAUUGGUUGGCUCAUUCUUGGCACAACUAUGGGAAUGUUUGCAGUUUUUAUUGCUAUGUUCCCACGUCAUUUGCCAAAACCAGCCACAUCUGUUCAAAAGGAAGGAGAGGAGCCAUUGAAAUAUGGAUUAUCGCUCUCAAAAAUUGAAAACAAUACCAAACCAACCAUAGAUUCAAAAAAACCAGAAUUGGAAAUUGAGUACACCCCAAAUAUGAAGGACUUUGUCACAUCUUUGAAGCGUUUGAUGCUCAAUCCAAUUUUGAGUUGUAACAACUUGAGUGCUGUUUUUUAUAUUCUUGGUGCUUCAGUUUAUAUUACAUUUAUGUCGAAAUAUAUGGAGGUGUUAUUUGGAGUGUCAGCUGCAGGUAGCUCAGUUAUAUCAGGACCAAUUACCUUGAUAGGUAUGGCAGUAGGCUUUUUAGUAUCAGGAGUAGUAAUCAGUAAAUAUAAACCUGGACCAAGAAAAUUACUCGGUUGGAAUGUCAUUAUCGGAAUAGCUUACGUUUUGGGCGAAGCAGCUUUCUUAUUUUUGAGUUGUCCUGGUACUGCAAUUCAAGGGAUUGAUCUUACUUCGAUGCAAAUAAAUUUAGACUUUCCCUGCAACGUAGAUUGCGGCUGUGAACAUGUCAAAUAUUCUCCAGUUUGUCAUGAACCAUCAAUGACAACCUUUUUUUCUGCUUGUCAUGCUGGAUGCAAAACAGUUCUUCCAACUGGAGAAUUUGGAAACUGCAGUUGCAUCCCUGAUCAAAUUAGUAUUGAAAGCUCUCUCUACGAAUCAGGAAUCAGUAUUUCGCCACUGAUGGAUAAGGAAGUUUAUUUGACAACAAAUAUUUUAGACAAAGUGAAAUCGGGAGCAUGCAAGAGUGAUUGUAAAGGACCUUACUUGAUAUUAACAAUCAUCAUGUCUCUGAUGCAGCUGCUCACCUGUUCUGGAAAAAUUGGAAAUAUUUUAGUAAAUUAUCGAAGUGUGGAUGAUAGAGACAAGUCCUUUGCUCAGGGAAUAACUUUGAUGAUGAUCUCACUUUUUGCUCUGAUCCCAGGUCCCAUCAUAUAUGGGGCUUUGAUAGACUCCACUUGCCUUGUGUGGGAUGAUGCCUGUGGUAUCAAGGGAAAUUGUUGGGUUUAUGACCCAGAUAAGUUUCGGAACUACAUUAACAGCACAGCAAUAUGUUUUACCAUCCUAGGAGUCUUAUUUGACGUCGGAGUGUGGUACCUAGGUAAAAAUGUGGACCUUUAUGGAGCAGAAGACAUGCGCCAUGAUUUCGUAAAAUCGUUAGCCUUAGAACCAACUAGUAAAUCAGAAUUCGAUAAAAAUGAAAAUUCGAUAGAGAAAAUCUCUCAUGUCAAUAAUUCUCAAGAGUCUUAAAUGAUUUUUUAAAUAGAAUUCUCCAUUAAUUUCGUUUCUGAAUUCACUUUUUCAUUUUCCAGUGCUUCAUAGAAACUACUACUCCUAACAUUUUUUUAAAACUUUUAUUUUUAGUAAAAUUUUAGGUUAAUUGUAUUAUUUAUUAACAAAUAAUUUCAAAAUAACCGGAUUUUAAAUUCCUUAAAGGCUCAUUAUUGUAACUGUUGUUGUGAGGGAUUUCUCAGGACAAACCUUAUUUUUUGUGAAGAAGUAUUUUUAUAGUUAGAUAAAUAAUUAUUAAUAUAAGUGUGUAAAUAAUAAAUUUGCAAUAUUCUAUGUUAUUUUAGGACGA